AGGUACCUAUUAGAACUGCCGGUUGCACAGGAUUCUGUGGGAAAGUGAUUAAAAGCUCUUAGCUGUAAUUUCUAUAAGGUUUUUUUUCCCUUCGUCUCCUGGUGGUACUACUAGAGUAAUUUUCGCUGUCGCUCUCAAGGUACGCAAGAAUGAGUGACCAGAAUCAAACUACCUAUGUGGUCGAGCAUUUGGACCCAGAACUUGGGCCCUGGUCUGGAUUGGAGUACGGGUGUAUUGCGCGGGAAUCUCACGGGGCAGGAGCCCGGUUCCUUUUGAGCUCUGUGCCUGUUUCACUCCAGCUGCCCGACGACCUGGCCGCCACUAAAGGGCUGGAAGUAGAACACCGCAGUGUCGAAGAGAUCUUUGCAGACCGAAAGGAGAGGGUGUGUCUGUUGGAUCCAGCUGCAAAGACCGAACUGAGCCCUGCCGACGGGAACGUCUUCGAUGUGUUUCUUUUCGGUGGCAUCCUUGGCGAUGAUCCCCCACGAGACCGUACCUCUGAAUUGAGAAAGAAGGGAUAUGCAGGAAGACGCUUAGGUCCGAAGCAGAUGACCACUGACACCGCAGUGCGCGUCACUCGUCUCGUUGUACAAGGAAAAACUCCCCUGGAAGAAAUUCAAUACAUAGACUACCCUGAACUGCGCAUAAACGAGCAUGAGAGCACUGAAAUGCCUUUCCGAUAUGUGAAAGGACAAGAUGACCAACCCAUCAUGCCUGAUGGAAUGGUGGAAUUGAUCAAGAAAGAUGCCGACAAGGCUGUGGAUGAUUUGUUUUGAAUUAUAGUUGAGGAAGAUAGAUAAAAGUGAUUUUUUUUUUCAAUAUAAUAUUUUUUUUUGGCCUGAAGGCAGCUU